UCGGGUAUCGUUUUUUCUGUUUUGAAAUUAAGUCCCGCUUGAAUAUUACAAAUUUAUGUGUGGGUUUUGAUUUGGGUCUUUCUGAGUUUGGAUGAGUUCAGUUCUGAUGUAGGGUCGAACCAAGGACCUAUGGAAGUCGGGGCUACCCCGUCCCCAUGGGCAACAGGAACCUAAAAAUAUCUAAAUAACAAAUGUAUCUGAAACAGGUUCGAAUAUUUGUACCAAAAUAACUAUAUUAUCCACACUUUAAACUAUCUAAACUCUAAACCACCAUAAAUUGUUUAAUUUCAAUCCAAAACUCAAAGUUUUAAUUUCACAUUAAUAGUUUUACAUUUCAUUAUAAAGAUUAAACUAAUAAAACUAUAAAUGUUAACAAAACUUUAAAUUUUAAUUAAAAAAUCAUAUAUAUAAUGCCACACUUUUCUCUCCAUCUAGCUUAUCCACAUCAGCACUUUUCUCUCUUUAUGGGAUCCACAACUUAAUAUUGUGCCUAGAUGCGUAAUACGAAGAGUGUGUUUUAUUUGUUGGGUCCUUUUAUCAUUUGCUCAAGAGCCCUUUAGGAAACUAGCUUCACACAUUAGGUUAAAAUGAAAUCCUAUGAAGUAACAAGUGGGCCUGAAAACCCAGAAUAAUAAAUACUCAGCUUUUAAGGUUGGAGACGAUUAUGUCAGAACGAGUCUCCCCUCCGACGAUUUACCCUAGCUAUCCGAACGCUGCUAUCAGUAUCUAUCCCUCGAUGAAGAGCCGUUACACUCUGAACUGCUGCAAUCAGUGUCCCCUAUCGAUUAAACUCUUCAUCUCCCCCAAACUCUUCAUCUCCUCUAUUUACUUUACUAUCAAAACGUUUGCUAACAAUAAAACACCGGGAUCCUAUAAAUAGGCGAUGUUUGAGCUUCGCAUCCAACAUCUCAUACACACUAUCUGAGUUUCUCUUUUGCCAAACCCUAGGUCGGUCUAUUCAAAAAGUCUGCCUCUGAUGCAGUUUCUGCUUAACAUGGUGUUGACCACGCAACCUUUGAGUAUCUCUGCGUCCGUCCUCUCAGGUGAUUGUCGGCUGGCUCCUCCUUUUCUGAGAUUCACGAAACAUCAAGAAGAUUGGCGGUGGAGAUUCAUCUAUAGAAAGAUCCGAGAAUCAAGGUCCGAAAAUGGGCAAAUACAUGAAAAAAUCAAGAUUACCAACAACGAUACGGAGCCCACCGAGCCAACUUCCCUGGGAGUUUGCACUAGGGCCGCUAAAACCCUAGCUCUGAAGCGGCUCAAUUCCUCCACCUCUGAUUCUGCUGUAGCCGGAGACUCUUCUUGCUACCUUCAGCUCCGCAGCCGCCGCCUCAAGAAACCCCCGGCGCUGACGGAGCCGAAACAGCCGUUGAUGAGAAUUAAGGAGCAUGGCUCGAAGGUUUGGGUUAGCUCCGGUUCGGGUUCAGUUCAUGUAGCUCAGAGCUGUAAUGGAGAUGAUUGGUUUGGAAAGUCUGAAGCUUUUUGUGGAGAAGACAGUCCUGAUUUUGAAUCGAGACAAAGGUUCGUGAUUUUGUGCCCUAGCUUUUCAUCUUCUUACCAAUUCGAUGAAACCCACUUAGUUUUUUUGUUUGUCUUAUUUAAAUAUGUUAGUUUGAGUUUGAAUCAAGACCCCAGCUUGUGGUUUGUGUCGUAGAUUCUUUUGCCCAAAUUGUGAAGAGCGUUAGGCUUCUCUGAAACUUUCGUUGUUUGCUCAAAUCAUGUUUUUUCUUUCUCAUGUUUUCCUGAUUGCACUACAAGAAAACAGCGGUAUUCUGACGGACAUUCCGACGGAAAAUGAAAUCCUCGGAAU